AUGUCUCCAAAAAAUGCAGGCCCAUGUUCAGUACAAGAUUGUGAUACAACAACAGGUCAUUUUCGCAAAUUUACUCCAGUAGCAUAUGAAAAAGCUCAAAAAAGAGGAACCUAUACCUCCUAUGCCUAUUUAACAAUUGGGCAACAAUUGUGCUAUAGGCAUCAUAUGAUUAUUGUUAAGCCUGACCAUAAUAAGAAGUUAGAGGCUCCAUCAGAAGUUCUAACAGAGAAACUUGCAAAAGAACAUCCUAAACAAAUUAGAGAAUAUUUCUCUACACAGGUAAAAAAAAAUAAUACUGAAGAAGCUUCAACAGGAGACAAUGAAGCAGCAGAAGAGGUAGAACCAAGUCAAACCCAAAAUAUACACAUAGCUUUUUUGAAUGCUAUUGAUCGUGUUAGUGCUUGUGGCUAUUCAUUUUGUGAACUAGUUAGUAGAAAUUCAACAAAUAACUACUUUUAUAGUACCACAAAAGUUAAAACUAACAUUUUGCCUUCUCAUUUAGAAUUGGUAGCUGCUAGAU